AUGUCCGGGCGUGACUCCGGAUUGCAAGACCCCGAGGUUGCGUCAGGUUUUUCCGACCUGAGCGACUCCGAGUUCUUGCAGAUAGAGGAGCCGAAGAUCGGGCCUCAGCAUGUUGAUUCUCGGCCUGCUAAUGUGGAAGAAGGGAAGCGGAGGACAGCAAAGAGGAAGAGAGCGAAGACGCCUCUUGAAGCUUUCCGCCUGCGCUAUCUUUGGGUCACAGAUCUCUCUAAUCAAGUGUGGUGCGAGCAAAACAUGGUUUAUCACAAAGAAAAGCCGAGUGUGCAAUUGCCGGAGAAGACGACAGUGGUAUUAAACACAGGAAAGUCAAUACAUCUUGCCAGAGAACUGCAAGAUCAUAGCCUGGUGCCUGUGAAGACUGCAAGCCGAGAAGAUGGAUGGGCCGUCAAGCUGGUUAACAUCCUCCUGACCGUAGCUAAUCUACGAAAAGGUUGGCGUGUGCGGGAAUGCCCGGUCUUUGGCGUGUUAGAAGGCGUUUUUGUGUCCGGGAUCAUUGACCAGCUAAAUUAUACGGCUAAAGGCGAAUUGCAACUGAAUGAAUUGAAGACAAGGGAAAAAGCCUACAUGCCUGGACCUGCGCAGAAGAAGAGGGACCGUUUCCAGGUCUCUUUAUAUAAAUAUCUCUUUGAUGCUAUGGUGCAAGGAUGCUUAACCCAAGAUAUUUUCAUACAUCACCUUCAUCUGAAGCCCAAACAGCCACUUGGCCAGGAAAUCCAAGAACAUGCUCAAAAAGCUGGAUUCAUGGUGCACUGCUUUGAAGACCUCCUGGAACUGGUGCUCCUCAACUUGACCCACUCAGACAUUCCGGCUAUUGACCACCUUCAAAUUGAGUACAUUCAUCAGAAGACCAACACAUUGCUGGACACCGAAGUCAUCACCUAUGACCAUGAUGAAUUGAUGUCCAUGUCCCAUUAUCUCUUAUCGUAUUGGAAAGGGCAAAGAGAUCCCAAGGGAGUGGACAUUGAAGACAGUUGGAAAUGCUCCUAUUGCGCCUUUGUCGACAUCUGUGAUUGGCGCCAGCAGAGAGCGGACGGCCUGAUCCAAAAGGACAGCAAAAAGAAAACAUGA